AUUUAACAGACGGACGAGGCUCGUUUGAUUGGCUGCUGCUUAACGUUACAUUGCCCCACUCGGAAAGCGUUAGCUGAUUCCACGAGCCUAUAACUGUCAUCAAUGUCACCAUUAGAUAAGUUAUAACGUUAUUUAAGCUUGGUGUAGAAUUAUUUUUUAUUUAGAAGAUACCUCAGUGUCUCUAGCUCGCCCCUGUUCGGACUGGCUCCCGCCCGUUAGCUGACGUUAGCUUACUGUCGGCAGCAGUUGUAGUGACUCGGGUGAGCGGCGACAUGUCAGAGUCCGGUCACAGUCAGCCCGGGAUGUACGGACAAGGACGCAGGAGGAGGCGACGCCGGGGGGACAGAGAUGUAGGACCUCCGGGGCAAAAUCUGUCCGGUCCCAGUCGGGAUCGGGAAUAUCAACCGAGGGAACGCAGGGAUGGGAGCGAGGAUCCACCAGGCCCACUCAUUCAGAAGACACCCAUCAUUCUAGCAAAACCCCCAGGGGAGAGGGCCAAGCCCUCACAGAACGCACCUGUCAGUGGCUCUGCGGUCCUGGAGAAGCCCAUCAUGCUAAUGAAAGCCAGGGAUGAUGGAGGGAAGCUGGGUACCCCUCCUGAUGCGGCCGCUCAACCCUCUGGUCCUGGGCCCUCCAAGAUGGAGAGGGAGGGGCAGCGACCAACCCAGCCUGUAUACCAAAUCCAAAACAGAGGAAUGGGUGCUUCUGCAUCGAGCAGCGCUGUGGACCCCAUGGUUGGUCAGUCUAAACUGCUCCCUCCUGAGAAGAUGAAGCACAGCAUCAAGCUCGUGGAUGACCAGAUGAAUUGGUGUGACAAUGCCAUGGAGUAUCUGAGGGACCAGACAGAUAUGUUGGUGGUUGGAGUCAUCGGCCUGCAGGGAAGCGGGAAAUCUACAAUCAUGUCACUGUUGUCUGCCAACACUCCUGAGGAAGAUCAAAGGGGUUAUGUAUUCAGAGCCCAGAGCCCGGAAAUCAAGGAAAGAGCAGGAAACCAGAGUACAGGGAUUGAUUUCUUCAUCACACAGGAGAGAGUCAUCUUCUUGGAUACACAGCCAAUGCUCAGCCCAUCCAUUCUCGACCACCUCAUCAACAACGAUCGGAAGUUGCCUCCUGAGUACAACCUCCCUCACACAUAUGUUGAAAUGCAGUCUCUUCAAAUCGCUGCCUUCCUCUUUACGGUCUGCCAUGUGGUCAUUGUGGUUCAAGACUGGUUCACUGACUUAAACCUCUACAGGUUCCUUCAGACUGCUGAGAUGUUGAAACCCUCCACUCCAUCUGCAAGCCAUGACUGCACUGGCUCUUCAGGCAGCGACGAUGGAGCAGAGUACUAUCCUCAUAUAGUGUUCCUCCAGAAUAAAGCCAGACAAGAUGAUUUCUGCCCGAAGAAUCUCAAAAACAUGUACAUGGUUGUGGACAAAUUAAUGGCCCACUCUCAUCUCAAAUACAAAGGUACAUUGUCCAUGCUGGACUGCAACAUGUUCCCUGGUUUGGAGCAGGAAUAUCUGGCCACAGAAGUCAACAUGUUCCUCCUUCCUAUGCAGGAGAAUGAUGGGGAGGAUACCCUGACUAAAACAGGGACGGGGACAUACCCGCUCUUCUCCCUCCUUCCGGGGUACAGAGGACAUCCUGCCUUCUCAACCAUGGUUUCAAAACUACGCAGCCAGAUAUUGGCUAUGCCGCGCUGUCAACUGUCUCACUCCAUCCUCACUGAGAAGAACUGGUUUCAUUAUUCAGCUCGUAUUUGGGAUGGGGUAAAAAAGUCCUCGGCCCUCUCGGAGUACAGCCGCCUGCUCAGCUAACACAUCGCUUGAACUGCUGUCACAAACAGCAGCAGUUGCGAGCUGUUAUGUUGGAUAAUCAUUUCACGUAAUAGAACAUGUGUCUCUGAAAGUGGACGCCGUCGUUUGCACCCUAUAGGAGGGACAAGCGAAGCUGGACACCCGGUCAGUGAUGAAGAGUCUGGUGUUUCAGCAUGACACCCGAUGAAGACAUUGGGUCGAAGGAAAAGCGGCAAACUUUUUGCACUCAGUGUCAGAAAGGCCUGUACCUUAAAUGUUGAAAUUACACCACUGCACACCAGUAACGAGAGCGAAGAAAAGGAAACAUUCUAUUUUAAAUAGAUGUGAUAUUUUAUUUUUAUUUACAAGCCAUUAUAGAUUGUUUUUUUUAUCUGAUGGUGCACACAUGAAAAAAUAGUAGUAGUUUAUUUUUUUUUUAAAUCUUUUUAAAAUCAAAAAUAAAAGGAAACUCGAGUAAAACACA